AAUUCCACUCUGGCAAUAUUCCGUACCCUGUCUACUUCUUCUUCUGAUGCCCUUCCUACCGGCUACCUCCUCUUCCGGUCACCCACACUUGGUUCCUUCUCCCCUACACGUGUAUUCUUCCCUUCACAAUUCUCUUUCUUCUAGUGGUGCAACAAAUAAAAGUUAGAGAGAGAAUGUUGAUACACAGAUAUUAAAGCAAAUAAAAAAAAUUAUUGUGAGUUUUUGGGUUUUGCACUCUCUCUUUCUUCCCUCCUUAUAUUUAUUUUUCUUUCUGCAAAAAUCUGACCUUGAAAGUUCAUUCAUCUGGGUGUCGAUUUUGGUACUUCUUUCGGAAUCAAAUCUGAAUUAGUUUUACUGAUGAGGAUCAGGAAAAGACAGGUACCUUUGCCUCUUUCAUCGCUUUCACCUGUACCAGUAAUUUCAGAUCGCCAGUUCAACGGGUCUCCUCCGAUAGUGCAACUCCACCCACGUCGCAAUCCUGUGCAAGAACAUCAUAGGAAAUCAUACAGCUAUUCUCAGCCUUCUGGUCAUCCCAAUCAACCGAUCGGAAUCACCACGCACGGCAGCAACGGCUUGGAUGAUGCUGAUGGAUCAGUAGCUCAAACCCACAAGAAGAUAGACGCUUUGGUUUCGUUGCAAGAUAAAGAUUAUGAAAGAGGCAAAAUACAAGAACACGAUAGAGAUGAUUCAGAUGAAGAUGCAGACGAAGAUGCAGAUGAAGAAAAGAGUGGUAAUGAUUCCAGGAAUAAAAGCAUUUUGGAUGCAGAAAUAGUACUUAAUGGAGUUGUUUCUUCUCACUUGAGUUGCCCGCAUCAAGUUGUUGGAAGAUGGUGUGAGGGGGAGAAGGCAUUUCCAUUGAAGAAGAGAAGAGGGAGCUUUGAGAGAAGAGCUAAUGAGGACACAAGUGAAGUUAUAUUGGAUGAUGUGAAAGACAAUAUUCAUAAGAAGAUGAAGACCAAAAAUAUGAAGACAAAGAUGAACAAAAGAUUUGGUCUUGAUUCUCAUCAUAAUGAGCAAGAUAAUAAGGAUACUACAACAACAAAAGAAAGAUCAAAUGUUGUUGAUGAUGAUAAUAAUAAUAAUAACACUUCUUCUUAUACUGCAACAAGUGCAAACAAGAAGAAAGCACGAGGUGGUGCAUUAAUGGAGGGAUCAAGGUGCAGUCGAGUGAACGGGCGAGGAUGGCGAUGUUGUCAACAAACCCUUGUGGGAUACUCUCUUUGUGAGCAUCAUUUGGGGAAAGGAAGGCUGAGGAGCAUGACAAGUGUUCGCUCUCGAUCUCUUGGCAACACAAAAAACAAUGAAAACACAUUAUUAUUAUUAUCAUCUUCAUCAAAUGUUUCUUCUUCCAAUUCUAGCGCUGCUGCAACUGCAACAUCAGUGUCUUCAUUGAUGGAAGAAAGUAAGAAAGCAAAUGCAGCUAAUGAAGUGCUUGAAGAAGAAGGUGACGCCAAGCGCCCAUUGAUGACAACAACAAAGAAGACAAUGAAGCUUGGGAUAGUGAAAGCUCGAUCAAUCAGCAGCUUGUUGGGCCAAACAAAUAAUGAACAACUCACAGUCGGUGAUAGUAACAGGUAGGGCAAACUGCAUGUGGGGAGAAAUAAAUGAAUCACCAGGAUCACUUCAUGUUUCAACUGUUUUCAGAAAGCACUCUUUUGUCUAGAAUUUUGGUUUGGUUUGGUUUUGUGUUGAUUGUCUUUUUUUUUUUUCUUUUAAAUGGGUGAUUACAUGACCUAAAUAUGCUUUUAACAAAUUAAUAAGAUAUUAUUUGUGUUAA